AUGACUCAAUGUGCACAAGGUGGAUUAGCACCCCAGAUACGUCAACUCUUUGUACACAUAUUAGUCCACUGCAAAGUUACUGACUUGAAACAAUUGUGGCUGUCUCAUUGGAGGAGCAUGGUUGAUGAUAUACUUUUGACCAGACGAGCAAUGUCUAAAGAUCUGAACCUCCUGCUCAACGAUAAACAACUGCAGUUCUAUGCACUUGCAGGAAGCGAAAGGCGGAUUUUUUUUGUUUAUGGAAGUGAAGGUUGUGGAAAGACCUACCUUUGGAAAACUUUAAUUUCCAAGUUAAGAUCCCAGGGCGAUAUUGUUUUACCAGUGGCCUCCUCAGGAAUAGCUGCAACUUUGUUGCCUGGCGGACGCACCGCGCAUUCAAGAUUUAAAAUACUAAUUAUUCUUGAUGAUUUCUCGGUUUGUAGUAUUGGUCAGAAUUCAGACAUCGCUGAACUUAUAAAGCAAACCAAGCUUAUUAUUUGGGAUGAAGCGCCAAUGCAGCAUAGGUACGCGUUUGAAUGCUUAGACCGUUCUCUUAAAGAUAUUAUGAGAUCUGUUGAUUAUGCACGUGGUGAAAUGCCGUUCGGAGGUAUUACUGUGGUACUUGGUGGGGAUUUUAGACAAAUUCUCCCUGUUAUCCCUUUAGGUGACCGCAGUGACAUUGUUGGGGCGUGCAUUACAAGAUCGCGUUUAUGGUAUCUCUGUCAUAUCUUCCUUCUGUCCAAGAAUAUGCGUCUUAAAGAAGGGGAAUCAUCUCAAGAGAUUGAAGAUCUAAGGAAUUUUGCUAAAUGGGUUCUUCAAAUUGGUGAUGGCCAAGUCAUGCCGCCUGAAUCAGACGGAAGAACAUAUGAUGAGUAUGAUAUCCAGAUUCCAGCUCAGUUUUGUGAUCUUGACAAACCAAACACUAUUGACACAAUGAUUAGCACCACAUAUCCAGAUUUCACGCAAAACUGCCAAAAUCCUGGAUAUUUAAGUGAAAGAAGUAUUCUUACUCCAACAAACCAAACUGUUGGACAUCUUAAUGCACAGAUUGUUGACAUGGUUCAAGGUGAUUCAUUUUCAUAUUAUAGUGUUGACACCGCAGACGAAUUUGGUGGAACUGAGUCUGAUUUGAAUUCCGCGUUCCCAAUAGAAUAUCUAAACUCUUUUUGCAUGCCUGGGAUGCCAAAUCAUGAAUUGAAACUCAAAGUUGGAGUUGUCGUCAUGCUUAUGUGA